GGUUAAUAUAAUUACAUCGAACUUAUUUAUGUACUGCAAUUUUAUUUUUUUAUUAUUUUAGAGUGAAAAUGCUAUUGGAGCUCAUCAUCCAUUUGAGAAAACCUCGUUUUCAUGUUCCGGACGUCCCGCUGGUUAUUAUGCAGAUGUAGAAACUGGAUGCCAGGUAUAUCACAUGUGUGACGGCUUGGGGCGACAGUUUAGUUAUUCCUGUCCGAAUACAACUUUGUUUCAACAACGUAUGUUAAUCUGUGAUCACUGGUAUAUGGUAAACUGUUCAAAAGCUGAAAGCCAUUACGCUGCUAAUUUGCUAAUAGGUCAACGUGAUAAACCUUUCGUUAACGAUGAAGAGAACAAUUUACGUACACCGCGUCCUGAUUUGUUAGAUCGUCCUUACGCACCAGAUUAUUCUGGCGAAUCAUUUAGAAAUCAAUACAAGCAAAAACCAGCAGCGCAAAAUCUAAUACAUGACAAUAACGCUCAAAAAAAUCGUGAUAAAGACGCACAACCAAGUCAAGUUGUACCUGGACAAACACGUUGGAAAAUACCACCACCAAGUCGUAUUAUAUUACCGCCAGCAUACGAACCACAAGUAUCAGAGGAAACUGUCGCCAAGGCAAACACGGAAAGCGUACGAUUUGUGCCCACUACAAAACCUAAAUUACCAACAGCCACUACUAAUACCCGAACGACCACAAGCCCGCCAGUAAAACAGUAUAUUUCUACUGCAGCUAUUAAGAGCAGUACAGCUAAGCAACCUAUGAUUUUAGCCACGGCUUCUACUCCAAUUGUGAACCAACAACACAUUAAAAAUCGAAACAAUGCAGCACUGCGUCCACGCAAUGAUGAUAUCAUACACCUAGAAAAUGAUGAUCUGGGUACAAGUCACAGCACACGUUAUAACACAUCUGCUGAUUAUAAUUCAGCUGAACAACUCCCUAAUAAAAUAUCAUACACCUACAAUAAUAGAAAAUUCUAUACAACAGCUGCGCCAGCUAUCUCAACAACAACUACUGCAUUACCAAAAACAACCAAAGCUGCUAAAAGUUUAAAAUCAACUGCCACCACUACCGCCAAUACCAUAAAGGUGCCUUCAAAAUACUAUGAACCGCCUUUUGUUUACCCAAUCUAUAAUCAAAAUGACACACAAACAACUGACAAACCCUUAGCUAUUUCAACUGCCACACCUUUUACUGCCCCAUCAACCACGUACAGCACUACUACAACAACAACAAGCGCACCAAAUCGCCCUACUACUGUUGCUGGUAAACCAUUCACAGCGCCUACUUACACAACGCCAGCGCCACCUAUAUCAACAAAGGUCUCACGUCCACAAAAUACAUUCCAGCAACAAAAUUAUUCACAAAACAAUCGUUUUGAUUUGCCCAAGACAUCUAAAGAUACACGUACGCCUGCGCCUGCACAAGGUUUUAAGCCACCUACACCACGCCCACCAGUAAAUUCAUCGAAAAUACUUAAAACUCCAACAAUAAAUAAGAAAAGCUCAGAAAAGGUAACACAAAGCACAACCAGAGCAAAAGCACCACCUACCGAUCUCUUACCGCCUUUCCAAGAAUUUAUACAACAUGACGUUGCCACCACACAAGGACCACCUAUUUACUAUGAAUGGAAAGUACCAUCAAAUGGAUUGGAACCACCAAAGGUAGAAGCACCUAUUGGAGUAGAUGGACGUGAAUAUCCAGAUACGAUAAUAGACUAUAAUGCUAUUAAUGCGGCUGGAGGAUUUUUGCCGACAAUAUCCUCUGCUGGUGACCAACAAAAAACUGCUGCAACGCAAACAAACGUAUUUACAAAUAAUCCAUUUUUAGCUGGCAAAAUUAAAAGUGAAGUGUCAACUACACGCACACCAAGUUCACGUUCUGUUAAGGAGAACAGUAUAACUGAACCAACUGUUAAGCCUACUACUUCGUCUAGAAGUAAUAAGCGCGCAGAAAGUGAAGUUGUGGUGCCAACAGCUCCGGCAGAUAUAGUGCAAUUACGUAAAGAUUUUUCAGUACCAGAAUAUUUAUUUCCACUAGAAAAUAUUGGACGGACCGGAUAUUUAGCCUCUGAUACAUAUAAUUCAUUUCAAUUGAAGAUACCAGACAGGCGCAGUGAUGCUGUCGAAGAACAUCAACAUUGGUUUGGCGAAAAUCCCAAAUGUCCAGAAUGUCAUCCAUCGUAUGUUAAACCAGGCACUUGUGAACCUUGUUUGAGAAGAUAGAACUAAAUCAAUAUGAUGAGUAAUAAAAGCCUUCCGAGGCAGUGGGGAACCAAUGAAUACAAAAAAUUGUUAUAGAAUUUAAAUUAAAUUUUUUAUGUGCUUAAUUUUACUUUAGUUAAAUUGU